GAACUUCCAGCCAACAUAAUGGCUUUAAUUCCAAUAAUAAAAACAUGGGGCUGAAUAUAGGUUUGGGAUGUUGUCUUGUAAAUACUUCUUAAUAAAUGUUUGAAAGUAACGUAUAAAGCAAGGAACAUGAGCAGAGAUAAACAAUUCACAAAGCGUUAAAGGCCCUCCAUCUAGCGAUUUAUACGCAGAGAUUCUCUCUCUCUCUCUUUCACACACACCCACACAUAAUACGCAUUAUCAGAGUUUUAACUUUCCCACGGUGGAUACAUGGCGGUGGACAAUGGGUUUCUUAGUCAGUUCGUCGAGGAGACUACGUUUUACAACCGUAUCAUCCUGAGUCACCUUUUGCCGGCGAGCCUGUGGGAGCCUUUACCACAUUUUCUCCAAACAUGGCUCAGGAACUACCUCGCCGGAAACUUACUUUACUUCAUCUCCGGCUUCCUCUGGUGCUUCUACAUCUAUUACCUUAAGCUCAACGUUUACAUCCCCAAAGAUUCAAUUCCUACAAGAAAGGCGAUGAUUCUGCAAAUACAUGUGGCAAUGAAGGCUAUGCCUUGGUACACACUUCUUCCAACUGUCUCCGAGUAUAUGAUCGAGCGUGGUUGGACCAAAUGUUACUCUACACUUGACCAAUUCAACUGGUUCCUCUCUUUGGUGUACAUCACACUCUAUCUUCUUUUGGUUGAGUUUAUGAUUUAUUGGGUUCAUAAAGAGCUUCAUGACAUUAAAUUUCUCUAUAAGCAUCUCCAUGCCACUCAUCAUAUGUACAACAAGCAAAACACACUCUCUCCAUUUGCUGGGCUCGCGUUCCAUCCUUUGGACGGGAUACUUCAGGCAGUACCGCACGUGAUAGCUCUGUUCAUAGUGCCAAUUCAUCUCAUAACGCAUCUGAGUCUUUUGUUUUUGGAAGGGAUAUGGACAGCGAGCAUCCAUGAUUGCAUUCAUGGUAACAUAUGGCCUAUAAUGGGUGCUGGAUAUCAUACCAUACACCAUACUACAUACAAGCAUAACUAUGGUCAUUAUACCAUUUGGAUGGAUUGGAUGUUUGGCACCCUCAAGGUUCCUUUAGCCGAAGAUGACAACGAGAAAGCAAUGUGAGAUUAAUGUUUCAAAAUUCACAUUCUUUUCCCUUGCAUGCAUGUGUUGUUCUUCUCGUGAGUCUUAAAAGCUUUGUAAUCACUUUGUUGGAAUAAGAAACAUGACUUGCACUAUUUGCUGCGAAGUUUCUGACUUUUCUUUUAAUUUUCAAUUCUAAAA